UGAGGGGAGUCCAGUACGUCAUGGGGCUGUUUGGAAAAACCCAGGAGAAGCCUCCCAAAGAGCAGGUCAAUGAAUGGUCAUUGAAGAUCAGGAAGGAAAUGAGAGUUGUUGACAGGCAAUUAAGAGAUAUCCAAAGAGAAGAAGAGAAAGUAAAAUGGCCUGUGAAAGAUGCAGCCAAGAAGGGCCAAAAAGAUGUCUAUGUGGUUCUGGCCAAGGAGAUGAUCAGGUCAAGGAAGGCUGUGAGCAAACUCUAUGCAUCCAAAGCACACAUGAACUCUGUGCUCAUGGGGAUGAAGAACCAGCUUGCGGUCCUAAGAGUAGCUGGUUCCCUGCAAAAGAGCACAGAAGUGAUGAAGGCUAUGCAGAGUCUUGUAAAGAUCCCAGAAAUCCAGGCCACCAUGUGAAAGCUGUCCAAAGAGAUGAUGAAGGCUGGAAUCAUAGAGGAAAUGUUAGAGGAUACAUUUGAAAGCAUGGAUGAUCAGGAAGAAAUGGAAGAAGCAGCAGAAAUGGAGAUCGACAGAAUCCUCUUUGAAAUCACAGCAGGAGCCUUGGGCAAAGCACCCAGUAAAGUAACCGACGCCCUUCCUGAGCCCAAACCUCUUGGAGUGAUGGCUGACUCAGAAGAGGGAGAGGAUGAGGAGGAUGAAGAGGACCUGGAGGCCAUGCAGUCCCGGCUGGCCACACUCCGAAGCUAG